AUGCUGUCUAUCAGUCCGGGAGGGAUGAUAUGUCUUUUAGCUUGUUGCUUAGCAAGCGGAGUGAUUGGAACACCAUCAAAAUUUUCACUGCCGCUCGUCAAUACGAUCAACCUUCAUGGUAUCGAUGUUGGUGUGGGCGAUCCACCCAAUGUGCAUCGCUUGGCAAUUGCGCUUGGUAUAUCGAACACCUUGAUUGGUGCUGAAAUGCCUUAUGUCCCCACCCGAUCAACGGUGGAUCUGAACCGACCUUUCCAAAUCGAUCAUAUGUAUGGGAACGCAUCCGGAAAAUGGGUUAAUGACACUAUCAGCUUAGGUUCAGGGACCGAUCAAAUCGUACUUCCAAAUAUAAUGGUUGGAGACGUCUCCUCAGGCUCCUUCAUUGGCUUUGGAAAAUGUGAUGGAAUGUUUACAUUGAACCGAGUGGGCGACACAGCAGCCCACCCAGAAAAUGAAUCUGAUUGGACACCGAUGUCUUACAUGUGGCAUCGCAACUUGCUCGAGCAGAAUGUCUUCUCGCUCUCGUUCAAACCCACUCGUACUCUCGAGCCAGAACAAAAUGGAAUGAUCACUUUCGGUGGCAUCGAACCUUCUUUAUUUAUUGGGAAGUUGUAUUGGUACAGUUGCAAAUCAAACACUGGGUGGGAUUGGACAGUGACCAUAAGUUAUGGUGGCAAAAAAAUGUAUCCAACCCCACUAAUGGCUGCCCUCGAUCCUGCCUGGGCACUUGGUCCAUGUUUGGCUAAUGACAUCUUCCAGGAUUAUAUUGCUGGCAUUCCGGGUUCAAUUUGGGAUUAUGAUGACUUUCAAAAGAAUAAUCCUAUUGGUUCAGUCAAUCGGCACGUACUCAAGAUUCCAAAGACUUCAGUCAGUAAGAUGAAGGAUUUGUGCUUUACAGCAGCCGAUAAGCGGCCGUGGUGUCUGACUCCCGAAGCUCAGCUGCUUCCUGAGGACAUGCUUCCUGACCCCACCUAUCGUUACUCAUAUAUCACCCCAAUUGGUUCAACUGUUGAGCAGGGCUCAACCAUCGUCAUGGGUAUGAAAGGUCUUGAACGUUUCUAUUCAGUUUACGAUAGAGAGAAUUAUCGAGUAAAUAAUCCAAAUUUGAUCACUAAUGACGAAUUCCAUACAGGAGAAACUGAUAUAUGA